GUACAAAACACUGCGGGGAAGCCAAAUUAUAUCCUAUCUCGCAACUCCCCCCUUGGAGGUUUUUCGGACAUAGCGUAAGAGAAUAUAACCAGUUUGUGGAUUCUAGGAGAAUCCCUCAAAACUUCACAGUUCCAUCAUCGCACCAAGAAACCGGCGGCAAAUUGUAACCAACCGGCCUGCCUCUAGCCUCGCGACUGCCCGAGACUAGACCGACCUCGGUUCGGGAACGACCAACCCCAAGUCCACGCCCAGCCUCUCUCCCUACCCGGCCAAGCCAACCGAACCACACCCACAAUGUCAGCCGAUCCCGCGCCCUCGACGGGCGCCAUCGCCGAUCUCCCCUCAGGCGAGCCCAUCCCCUCCUCCGCGGCGCCGCCCUCGUCCUCUGCUCCGAAACCGGCGCCGAUCCCGCUCGGCGCCCUCCUAGCCGCCUCCGCGUCCAACAUGGACGCCUCCCUCGCCCGCCUCAACCGGUGCCUCUCCACGCCCUCGGGCAUCGACACCGUCCUCCUCUUCGUCGGCUUCGCCGCCCGCCUCGGCUCCUCCGCCCUCGGCGGCCUAGCCGACCUCCCCGCCCUCCACCGCCGCCGCGCCCGCGCCUGGCUCGCCCUCCUGGCCCCGCGCGCCACCGUCCUCCUGACCAGCGCCGACCCCGCCGCCUCCCCGUCCGCAGCGGCGAUCCUCUCCCUCGCCGCCCGCCUCCGCGCCCUCUCCAACCUCCUCUCCGAGACGCGCACCAUGCUCCGCCUGUGGGGCCUCCUGGGCAUGUACUUCUGGGGCCGCGGCCUCGUGGCGGGCACGAUACGGUCUCUCCGCGGCGGCGCCUCGGAAAAGGACAAGGAGCAGACCUCGGCUGCCUCGACGGCCGUGUCGUACCUGCAGCUGGCGCUCUGCGCGACCUUCCAGGCGCUCGAGAACGGCGCCUACCUGUCGUCCAAAGGCGUGCUGGGCUGGACGCCGGCGCAGCAGGCGCGCGCGUCGCGCUGGAGCGCGCGCCUGUGGGGCGCGUACGUAGGCGUCGAGCUGGGCCGCCUGGCGGCCGAGAGGGUGGGCGCGGUGCCGGUCAAGGACGCCGGAGAGGGCGCCUGGGGCAGGGCGGUGGUCAGGAACCUGGCGUGGGCGCCCCUGACGCUGCAUUGGGGGUCCGAGAAGGGCGUCGUGAGCGAUUGGAUGGUCGGGUUCCUGGCGUGCGUGCCUGGUACUAUUCAGAUGCGGCAGCUGUGGAAGGAGAGUGCCUGAGGGGGGUAUGUUUUGAAUGGCAUCUUGAUGUGUGUCAUUGGUGGUGGCGGUCUUGUCAUCUCAACCCCCUAUCUGGUUACCUUGAUCGUGAGAAGAAAGUGUCGGGGAAAUCAAGCAAAACUGGUCCUGUACUAAACUAUGUUUGGUUGGAAAUGGUAAUGGUAUUUCGAGGGCAGAGUCACCGAGUGCCAGGAAUAUGUAGAUAUUAUGUAUAGACAGACAGCUAGUUUAAAUAUGGUAUCUUUAUUU